GAUCAGGUCUGCCUAAUAGCUGACAUGUCAGGACUCACUGAGUGGGUGUUCCUGGUUCUGUCUGCUGCUCAGUUCAUUCUGGGAAUGCUGGGGAAUGGUUUCAUAGGGUUGGUCAAUGGCAGCAGCUGGUUCAACAAGAGAAUCUCUGUGUCUGACUCUGUCAUCACUAAGCUGGCUCUCUCCAGGACUGUUCUGCUGUGCAUUCUCUUGGUUGAGGUGUUCUCUUCCAAAGUACAUGAUGAAGGGAUAGUAAUGCAAAUUACUGAUGCCUUCUGGACACUUACAAACGUCUUUAACAUUUGGCUUGCCACCUGUCUCAGUGUCCUCUACUGCCUGAAAAUUGCCAGUUUCUCCCACUCAACAUUCCUCUGGCUCAAGUGGAGAGUUUCCAGUGUGGUCAUAUGGAUGCUUUGGGGUACACUGCUAUGAUCUUGUGGCAGUACCAUGUCUCUAAUUCAUCAAUUUAAGAUCUAUCCUGGUCUUAGUGGAAUCUACAGCACAGAUAUGACCAAGCACUGCAGGAAGAAAAGAUAUCCAUAUGAACUGAUGCAUAUUUUCAGGAGUCUGUGGAACCUCCUGCCCCAUGUAUCUCUGGCCUCCUUCUUUCUGCUUGUCCUUUCCCUAGGGAGAGAGACGCCCCAGAUGCAGCAAAACAGUACCAGCUCUAGAGAUCGCAGCAUCCAAAUCAUCCUCUCCUUUUUCUUUCUCUUCCUAUUUUACUUUGUUGCCUUUUUAGUUACAUCAUCCAUUCAUUUACUACCAGGAACUAAGAUGAUUAAGAUGACUGAAGUAAUUACAAUGGUUUAUCUUGCUGGCCCCUCAUUUAUGCUCAUUCUGGGAAACAGCAAGCUGAAGCAGAUGUUUGUGGAGGUGCUCUGGUGUGAGCUCUGUCAUCUGAUGCUUGGAUCCAAGGUAUGUUCGUCCCCACAGAGCUACAGAGAGCAGAGGAGGAAAUCUGGGAGCCCUUCAUCCUGGCUCAAGGCUACAGGGCAAAUCCUGACCCUACUGUGGGACCAGUUUUGUAACAUCAAUCACAGAGAGACAUCACUGUUUCACCCUGUCCCACUUAGGAACCCUUCUCAUGGCCUCUAUUUGUUGAUUGUUCUGGAGAGGGUGAAACAAUCUUUGGAAAAUGUCAAUAUAAUUCGGCAGGUAGCCGAGUUUGGACUCAUGGUUGUAGGGCACCAGCCAGUGGGUCUUCCUGGGCUCUAG